AUGAUACAAAUCUGCGAGGGGUUAGCGAGCCGCGCCCCGUCGGGACAAAAAGAUGUCUACGUUUUCUCAAUUACACCACUCGCUGAUCAAGCGAUGGCGGCCAUCACUUCGGCAGACGAGCUGCUCAUCCUGCAGGACAGGGGUACCCUGAACACUUCUCCUGUGUCCACGGUGCAGGGUGUCCCGCGCGGUCUCACGUCGCUGGUCUCUUCGGACGCAGGAAGGAUUGCCGUUUGUGCCGGGCGUGACGGCAAUGUUGUCCUCGUAGAUACUCGUACCCAGACCACGGUCGGACACUUUGAGACCGGCAAACCAGCUCAUGCAGUAGCAUGCAGAGAAAACGACGUGGCGGUGGGUAGUGAUGCAAUUGUGUCGGUAUGGGACCGGAGACAGAUGCGAAUGCGUUGGCAAAACACCGAAUUGAAUGACGAGAUAACGGCGCUCGAUUUCCAUCCCACAAGAGACAGUGUGUUGCUUGCCGGCGGAGACGAUGGCUUGGUCAGUCUCUUCGACACCCAAAUCGUGGAAGAAGAGGACAGUCUCCUGCAGGCAGUCAACCACGGGCCCAUUCACAAAGCAGGCUUUUUGGGAGGUUCGGAUCUCUACGCCCUGAGUUCGGACCAGAACCUCGCCCUCCAUUCCUUGACCUUGGAGGAGGAAGAAACAGAUCCGACGAUCGAGCCGUCUCCAGACCAAUUUGGCGACUUGCGGCCUGCCGUCCCCUGCGAAUAUGUGAUUGAUGUCUUUCCCACCGGUCCAGAUUACGUGGUCGCCUGCGGUUCGCAUAGUAAAUCUCGUGUGGACCUUGUCAAACUCCAACGAGGUAGACCACUCGACCCUAGCCAGCGGAUCGUGCUUGAAAACGCCCACGGGGAAGAAGUUGUUCGCUCCAUUUUUCCAGACGAAGCGAAUGGAGUCAUCUUCACCGCCGGUGAGGAUGGUAGAAUCAUGGCAUUCAGACCCAAGGAUGCCGCCCAGACCGCGUCGUCGUCACCGACGAUCAAGACUCCCAAAUCCAAGAAAGGAGGAUCGACCGAUACAAGAUAUCGACCAUACUGACUGACAGUGACUGGUCACCUUCUCCCUUUUUCCUCGGGUCUCUACCACCGCCGCCACCACCACCAUCAGACCGCUGCGCUGUAGGACUUGCCAGAAAAGGAGGCAGCGUUUGCUUUCUUUGCCCCUUCACAU